GGGAAAGUCCCCAUUUGUUAGGGAUUCGAACAUCGUUCGAUCCCUAUCUGCAGCAGCAGCAGCAACUCGACUCUUCUCCAUGCUUCUCCUUGAUUGAUUGAUGCCAAGCGGGCGGUUCCCCACAAGCCGGUGGAUGCUGAACGUCCCUCCUUGUCUACAGGGUCGUCUACAGACCACCAAAAGCAACACAAGCCACGACAGGGCAAUACGAGCCGGCAGACGGUGGCGGUGACUUUUGAACGUCAACUGGCUAGCAAACGAGUAACGUAACAGCCAGCAGGUACGGUUACAACGGCAUCGAAGGAGGAUCCGGCGGAUACCGUGAUGAUCACCAUCAGUAGCCCAGGUCGACUGGGACUCCAGCCCGUAAUCCAACGUCUGUUCGUAUGGACCUGUUCACAAGAUCUUGGAGUAUAAGAUCCCGAGAAUCUCUCUCUGUCUUACCUCUCAAUCAUCUCAUCCAGCAUCACAAUCAACAAUCCAACACUUCAAUCUAAACCUUAAUCUCUAAUCACCACCAACCAACCAACCAACCAACCCCCACCAAACUCAUUCAAAAUGGUCAACUUCACCCGCGCCGCUGCUGCCCUGGCCCUCGCUGCCACCGCCACCGCUGCUCCCACCAACGGCACCACCAGCCUCACCUGGGAUGUCAAGGACUUUGAGUUCAAGGCUGAAUACCAGUUCACCACCCCUGCCCACCAGAACAGCUACGGCCAUGUCAACUUCUCCUUGACCUCCGAGAAGACCGGCGCCGUCUACAGCUGCGGCGCCCAGUCCAGCCAGAUCCCCGACUUCUUCUACGACUUCAACGACUUCUACCCCUGCUCUGCUCCCUAUGGCGCUGUUGAGGGCACCGAGAGCUGGGCCAGCUUCAAGUACAACCGUGAGGAUGGCAAGGUUACCAUUCGCGAGACCCUUUACCACCCUGAGAACAAGUCUAUCACCGCUACUGGCUCUACCAUCGUCAAGACCACCUGCACCGACGAGUCCACUGGCCCCAACCCCAACUGGACCAUUGGCGGUAACGAGAUCUACUCCGACCGUAAGAUUGUUUGCGACAAGGUCGACUUCACUGUCACUGGCACCGUUUCUGCUUAAGCGGGUUUCCUUCCUUGGCGCUGUCAGCCUAGCCUAGCCUAGCCUAGCCUAGAGCUAGUAACAGUUACACUCGAGCAGUAGCAUGGGGAUGAGAUGGAUGUUGGUGUGACAUAGACGAAGAAGAAAUGUUAAUGGAAGGUGUGGGGAAUGAGGAAUGAGUUGGAAGAAGUUAUAGACAAAACAGAUACAGAUAUAGAUACAGAUCCGCUGCCAUUUUUAAAAUACAAACAUAAUUGGCAAGCCAGUCUUAUUUUCAUUUACUGCUGCUGUCAUGACUUACUUGUCUUGACUACCUCUAGCUGUCAGUCAGAAAAUGUGUUUGUUUGAUUGGUG